AUAAGAGAUGAGAUGUAAUGCCUCCUCCAGUCCAUGCACACUUCCUCUUGCAAUUCGUGCAUCAUUCCUCAGUGGGAACCUUUAAACUCUAAAAUCCAAGAAAAGAAAAUAAAUACAUUAUCAUGGACCUGAGGGAUUUUUACCUGUUGGCUGCUCUGAUUGCCUGUUUAAGGCUGGAUUCGGCAAUAGCUCAAGAACUUAUUUACACUAUUAGAGAGGAAUUGCCUGAAAAUGUGCCCAUAGGAAAUAUACCAAAGGACCUGAACAUUUCUCACAUCAAUGCUGCCACAGGGACCAGUGCCAGCCUUGUCUACAGACUGGUUUCUAAAGCUGGGGACGCCCCUCUGGUAAAAGUGUCCAGCAGCACCGGGGAGAUUUUCACCACCUCCAACAGAAUAGACAGAGAGAAACUCUGUGCCGGAGCCUCUUAUGCUGAGGAGAAUGAGUGUUUCUUUGAACUUGAGGUGGUGAUCCUCCCCAAUGACUUUUUCAGGCUGAUCAAAAUCAAAAUCAUUGUCAAGGAUACCAAUGAUAAUGCCCCCAUGUUUCCGUCUCCUGUCAUCAAUAUUUCCAUUCCAGAAAACACUUUGAUCAACAGCCGCUUUCCAAUCCCAUCAGCCACAGACCCUGACACAGGCUUCAAUGGGGUGCAGCAUUAUGAAUUGCUAAACGGGCAGAGUGUUUUUGGACUGGAUAUCGUGGAAACUCCAGAGGGAGAAAAGUGGCCGCAAUUGAUUGUUCAGCAGAACUUGGAUCGAGAACAAAAAGAUACCUAUGUAAUGAAAAUCAAAGUGGAGGACGGAGGCACUCCACAGAAAUCCAGCACAGCCAUACUGCAGGUCACAGUCAGUGAUGUGAAUGAUAACAGACCAGUGUUUAAAGAGGGUCAAGUGGAGGUGCAUAUUCCAGAGAACGCUCCUGUGGGGACCUCUGUAAUUCAGCUCCAUGCGACUGAUGCAGACAUAGGCAGCAAUGCUGAAAUCCGGUACAUGUUUGGUGCCCAGGUCGCCCCUGCAACCAAACGACUCUUUGCUUUAAAUAACACAACUGGGCUGAUUACCGUUCAGAGGUCUUUGGAUAGGGAAGAGACAGCCAUUCACAAAGUGACAGUGCUGGCUAGUGAUGGAAGUUCCACUCCUGCCAGAGCCACAGUUACCAUCAAUGUCACAGAUGUAAAUGAUAACCCUCCGAACAUAGACCUCAGGUACAUUAUAAGUCCCAUCAACGGCACCGUGUAUCUGUCUGAGAAAGAUCCAGUCAAUACGAAGAUUGCCCUAAUUACAGUUUCAGAUAAGGACACAGACGUGAAUGGCAAAGUGAUCUGUUUUAUUGAAAGAGAGGUCCCAUUUCAUCUGAAGGCAGUGUAUGACAACCAGUAUCUGCUAGAGACCUCUUCUCUGCUGGACUAUGAGGGCACCAAAGAAUUCAGCUUUAAAAUCGUUGCCUCUGAUUCUGGGAAGCCCAGUUUGAACCAGACUGCCCUGGUAAGGGUUAAGCUUGAGGAUGAAAAUGACAACCCACCAAUUUUCAACCAGCCUGUAAUUGAGUUGUCAGUUUCUGAAAACAACCGACGUGGGUUAUACUUAACAACUAUUAGUGCUACAGACGAAGACAGUGGGAAAAAUGCAGACAUUGUUUAUCAGCUUGGACCGAAUGCCUCCUUCUUUGAUCUGGACAGAAAGACAGGAGUUUUGACAGCCUCCAGAGUCUUUAACAGGGAGGAACAAGAGCGGUUCAUUUUUACAGUAACUGCCAGGGACAAUGGGACCCCUCCCCUCCAAAGCCAAGCGGCCGUGAUAGUUACUGUUCUGGAUGAGAACGACAAUAGCCCCAAGUUUACUCAUAAUCAUUUUCAGUUUUUUGUGUCUGAGAAUCUGCCAAAGUAUAGUACUGUGGGAGUCAUCACAGUGACAGAUGAAGAUGCUGGAGAGAAUAAAGCUGUGACUCUCUCCAUUCUAAAUGACAAUGAAAAUUUUGUCUUGGAUCCCUACUCAGGAGUCAUAAAGUCAAAUGUCUCCUUUGACCGAGAGCAGCAGAGUUCCUACACUUUUGAUGUCAAAGCCACCGAUGGAGGACAGCCGCCUCGGUCCUCUACUGCAAAAGUAACUAUCAAUGUGAUGGAUGUCAAUGACAAUAGUCCCGUUGUGAUUUCGCCACCAUCCAACACCUCGUUUAAGUUGGUGCCACUCUCAGCCAUUCCUGGUUCUGUGGUUGCGGAAGUUUUCGCGGUGGAUAUUGACACUGGAAUGAACGCCGAACUUAAGUAUACCAUAGUGAGUGGGAACAACAAAGGAUUAUUUCGGAUUGACCCAGUAACAGGCAAUAUCACUCUAGAAGAAAAGCCAGCACCGACUGAUGUGGGCCUGCACCGUCUGGUGGUCAACAUAAGUGACCUGGGGUACCCUAAGGCUUUGCACACCCUUGUGCUAGUGUUUCUUUAUGUCAACGAUACGGCUGGCAAUGCCUCGUACAUAUACGACUUGAUCCGCAGGACUAUGGAGACCCCACUGGACAGGAACAUAGGAGAUAGUAGCCAACCCUAUCAAAACGAGGACUAUCUCACCAUCAUGAUUGCCAUCGUCGCGGGGGCCAUGGUGGUCAUAGUUGUGAUCUUUGUCACUGUUCUGGUGCGCUGUCGCCACGCGUCAAGGUUCAAAGCAGCUCAGAGGAGCAAGCAAGGUGCUGAGUGGAUGUCCCCAAACCAGGAGAAUAAGCAAAACAAAAAGAAGAAACGGAAGAAAAGAAAGUCACCCAAGAGUUCUCUUUUGAACUUUGUAACUAUUGAAGAGUCCAAACCCGAUGAUGCAGUCCACGAACCUAUCAAUGGGACCAUAAGCCUGCCUGCUGAGCUUGAGGAACAGAGUAUAGGAAGAUUUGACUGGGGACCCGCACCCCCAACAACCUUCAAGCCUAACAGUCCUGACCUGGCCAAGCACUACAAAUCUGCCUCUCCGCAGCCUGCUUUUCAUCUCAAACCAGACACUCCAGUUUCCGUGAAAAAGCACCACGUCAUUCAGGAGCUCCCUUUGGACAACACCUUCGUUGGGGGCUGUGACACGCUUUCCAAACGCUCCUCCACUAGUUCAGACCACUUCAGUGCCUCAGAGUGCAGCUCCCAAGGAGGCUUCAAGACAAAGGGCCCCUUACACACCAGACAGGUAAACGAGCACCUUUACUGGUCUAUAAGUACUGCAUACAAGUGCCCAGUCAACCAGUAUUAA